UGGGUCCAGGCCUCUGUGUGGGUUUGGGGGAGGGGAGUUUGCCGCUCCCUUGGUCCAUGUCAACUGGGGGGUCCUCAGCGGUCCUUGGGGGAGACGGCCAUGUCUUCCCCUUCCCGGUGCUUGGGAGGUGGGGGGGGAUGGGCGGCCAGUAGGUGGACAGAUGGAGGGAUGAGAGGCCGAGGGAUGGACAGAUGGGCCGGAGGGGAGGGGCACAGACCCGGCCCUUCCCCACCCACCCCACCCCAAUCCCCCCACCCGCCACAUCUCCGCAGAUAGGGCCUGAGUUGCCGGCAUACAGAUGGCCAGGCCGGGGGAUCUUUGGGCGGCUGGAGGGAGGAUUGCCUUGCAGCGGGGCUCUAGGACUCAGCCCCCCAACCCUUUGAGACUCCACCUGCUGAACUCUGACCUCAGGCCAUGGCUGGUGCCUUGGUUGGGGGUGGGGGAGGAUGUGCUGGGAGGGAAGGAUGUUAGGAUUUCUUUGAGCUGGGAUGUAGGUGGGGUGAGGGUACCUUAGGGCCGGGAGGGAUGCGUGUUCAUGACUGUGAGUGUGAAUGUAUGCCUAUCUGUUGACUAUGCCACUGUGGUUCAAUAUUUUAUGCGCAUUUUGGAAGUGUGUAAUAUCCCUCCCAGGGCUGUUGUGUGAGCAUGUGUCUGUCAUGAGUGAACAUCUCAGAAUGUGUGUGCAAAGUGGAUCUUUUUUUGCCUGUGGGCUUGUUUAAGUAUCAGUUUUUGUGUUGCCUGUCUGUGCUUGUAGUUCUGUGUAUGUGUGAGGUCUGUAUCUGCUGGUGUGUGCGUUUGUGCAUCUGGCGGUGUGGGGAUGGAGCAGGUUUGUGACCAUGCACCUUGGGGAUAUGUGAAGUUGUGUGAGUGUGUAGGAGUGUGUCUGGGCAUUUAAGAGCCUGCACCUGUGUGUCACCUGUAUGUGCAAAUGAGUAUAUGUUGUAUGUAUGGGCCCCUGUGUGUUGGCAAGCGUGCACAUGUGUGUCUGUUAUAGAAGCAUGAAUCUGGUUGUCUGCAAGGGGCACACAGGUUUCUCUGCUGUGUGUGUCUGUGGGUAUGUAUGAAUGUGCAAAGGAAAGUCAGUGCUGUACAUGCGUGCUUGUGUGCGGGUGUGUCCACCUUGAGGGUAUGUGUCUGUGCUGUGAGUCCAUUUAUGUGUCAGUGUUGGUCUUUGGGGAUUGGGGUUGUAUCCAUUCAUACGUGCAGGGCAAUCUGUAUGCACGUGCUUGUCUCCCUGGCAGGAGGCUGACCUCACUUCUUGGCCCAGUGAGACUGGAGCCUGUGUGGUGUGACCUGUGGUAUGCUUGGGUCCCUUGUGGAAGGGGGGGGUGUCCAAGGACACAAGUGUGUCCGCAUGCUAGGCCAAGAGCCCACGGAGAGUGGGGGCACACAUCUGGCUGGUGUGUUCCUGGAAAUCCAGAUGUGGAGACUUGGACUGUGGGUCCAUGUGGGUUUUGGCGUGUCCGCACAUGUUGGUAUGGCAAUGGUAUGAUGGCGAGGAUGGGGGCCUCUGGUUCUUUCCUACAAAGUUGGGGGACUGGGAUGUGAACUCUGCAACACGCUGGGAGCCUGAAAUACCGGAUCUACAAGAGAAGGUACCGGCCCAGGCCCUGACUCCCUGCAGAGAGAUGAAGAAACCGAGAUUCAGAAAGGUUCAGACACUUGCCCGAGGUCACACAGCUAGUCUCACGCCCCACUGCUCCCCACUUACCCCUGCACCAUGGCUCCGGGCCCCUUCAGCUCGGCGCUCCUCUCGCCGCCGCCUGCUGCCCUGCCCUUUCUGCUGCUGCUCUGGGCUGGGGCAUCCCGUGGUCAGCCCUGUCCCGGCCGCUGCAUCUGCCAGAACGUGGCACCCACGCUGACCAUGCUGUGCGCCAAGACUGGCCUGCUCUUCGUGCCCCCGGCCAUUGACCGGCGCGUGGUGGAGCUGCGGCUCACUGACAACUUCAUCGCGGCUGUUCGCCGCAGGGACUUCGCCAACAUGACCAGCCUGGUGCACCUCACCCUGUCCCGCAACACCAUCGGCCAGGUGGCCGCCGGCGCCUUCGCCGACCUCCGCGCCCUCCGCGCCCUGCACCUGGACAGCAACCGCCUGGCCGAGGUUCGCGGCGACCAGCUCCGCGGCCUGGGCAACCUCCGCCACCUGAUCCUUGGCAACAACCAGAUCCGCCGGGUGGAGUCCGCCGCCUUCGAUGCCUUCCUCUCCACCGUGGAGGACCUGGAUCUGUCCUACAACAACCUCGAGGCCCUGCCGUGGGAGGCUGUGGGCCAGAUGGUGAACCUGAACACCCUCACGCUGGACCACAAUCUCAUCGACCACAUCGCUGAAGGGACCUUCGUGCAGCUGCACAAACUGGUUCGCCUGGACAUGACCUCCAACCGCCUCCAUAAACUGCCCCCCGAUGGCCUCUUCCUGCGGUCCCAGGGUGCGGGGCCGAAGCCGCCCACACCGCUCACGGUCAGCUUUGGCGGCAACCCGCUGCACUGCAACUGCGAGCUGCUCUGGCUGCGGCGGCUGACCCGGGAAGACGACCUGGAGACAUGCGCCACCCCCGAGCACCUCACCGACCGCUACUUCUGGUCCAUCCCAGAGGAGGAGUUCCUGUGCGAACCGCCGCUCAUCACUCGGCAGGCUGGGGGCCGGGCCCUGGUGGUGGAGGGCCAGGCGGUCAGCCUGCGGUGCCGCGCCGUGGGGGACCCCGAGCCGGUGGUGCACUGGGUCGCGCCCGACGGGCGGCUGCUGGGGAACUCAAGCCGGACCCGGGUGCGGGGGGACGGGACGCUGGAUGUAACCAUCACCACCUUACGGGACAGCGGCACCUUCACCUGCAUCGCCUCCAACGCCGCCGGGGAAGCCACGGCACCCGUGGAGGUGUGUGUGGUGCCCCUGCCUCUGAUGGCGCCCCCGCCGGCCGCCCCGCCGCCUCUCACCGAGCCUGGCUCCUCCGACAUAGCGACACCCGGCCGCCCUGGUGCCAACGAGUCAGCUGCUGAACGCCGGCUGGUGGCGGCGGAGCUGACCUCGAAUUCGGUGCUCAUCCGCUGGCCCGCCCAGAGGCCUGUACCCGGAAUCCGCAUGUACCAGGUCCAGUACAACAGCUCCGUGGAUGACUCCCUCGUCUACAGGAUGAUCCCAUCCAGCAGCCAGACCUUCCUGGUGAAUGAUCUGGCAGCGGGCCGCGCCUACGACCUGUGCGUGCUGGCUGUCUACGACGAUGGGGCCACAGCACUGCCGGCCACGCGAGUGGUGGGCUGCGUGCAGUUUACCACCGCUGGGGAUCCUGCGCCCUGCCGCCCACUGAGGGCCCAUUUCUUGGGCGGUACCAUGAUCAUCGCCAUCGGGGGCGUCAUCGUCGCAUCGGUCCUCGUCUUCAUCGUUCUGCUCAUGAUCCGCUAUAAGGUCUACGGCGACGGGGACGGCCGCCGCGUCAAGGGUACCUCCAGGUCGCCACCGCGGGUCAGCCACGUUUGCUCGCAGACCAACGGCGCAGGUGCAUCGCAGGCCGCGCCCCCGCCUGCGCAAGACCGUUAUGAGGCGCUGCGCGAGGUGGCGUCCCCAGCUGCUGCCGCAGUGGCGGUCGAGGCCAAGGCCACCGCGGCCGAGACGGCUACCGCGGAGCCAGAGACCGUCCUUGGACGCUCCCUGGGCGGCUCGGCCACCUCGCUGUGCCUGCUGCCGUCUGAGGAAACCUCUGGGGAGGAGUCUCGGGCCGCGGCGGGCCCUCGGAGGAGCCGUUCCGGGGCCUUGGGGCCGCCAGCUUCGGCGCCUCCCACUCUAGCUCUGGUUCCUGGGGGGGCUCCGGCUCGACCGAGGCCGCAGCAGCGCUAUUCGUUCGACGGGGACUACGGGGCGCUCUUCCAGAGCCACAGUUACCCGCGCCGCGCCCGGCGGACAAAGCGCCACCGGUCCACGCCGCACCUGGACGGGGCCGGAGGGGGCGCGGCCGGGGAGGACGGAGACCUGGGGCUGGGCUCCGCCAGGGCACGCCUGGCCUUUACCAGCACCGAGUGGAUGCUGGAGAGUACCGUGUGAGCGACGGGCGGGCACCGGGACGCCUGGGUGCCGCGGACUAACGCCCAGCCGCACGGACGCUGGGGCAGGACUCGGGGAGAAAGGCGGCGCCUAGUCGUGGGACUAGAGGCGGAGACUUGCCCUUCUUGUCCCCGGGGGGGCGGGGCUCCCUCGUCUGCGGCUCUUGGUCACGCCCCCGGGCCCGAAGGGAUUAGGGGGCGGGCAUCCGGGCCCCCCUCCUCCACUGACUCCUCGCCCCCCUCCUGCCCCUCCCCCCGCGCGCUCGCGGACCUCGCUGGAGCCGGUGCCUUACACAGCGAAGCGCGGGGAGGGGCAGGGCCCCCCCGACACUGCAGCACUGAGACACGAGCCCCCUCCCCCCGCCCGGGACCCGGGGCAGGGGCGAGGGGCCCAUUUCUUGUAUCUGGCUGGACUAGAUCCUAUUCUGUCCCGCGGCGGCCUCCAAAGCCCCCACCCCCACCCCAUUCACUUCCCUGGUCCCGUCGGGUCUGGCUUGGGGUCCCCCUUUCUCUGUUCCCUUCGUCUCUGUCCUGCCCCCUGUCGUCUUUGUCUUACGUGUCUGCCCUUCCCUAUUUGUGUCCCCUUUCUCUGUCCCGUCGUCUCUUCUCCCUCCGCCCUCCGAUUUCUUGUCCAGUCGUUUCCCUCUCUCUCCCGAUUACCUCUUCCCCUACACAUUCUCCCGGGCAGGUCCCACUGGAAGGACCAGACUCUCCCCUAUUCCUUCCUCUUUUCCCAAAUAAAUCCCCACAUGAACAAAGUCCAAAACCAAAUUUCCCUCCCUGCCGGAGCCGGGACCCUCCGCCGCAGCAGAAUUAAACUUUUUUCUGUGUCUGAGGCCGCUCUGCUGACCUCUGUGUGUGUGUGUCUGUGUGUCUUGGUGUGUGUAUGUGUGUGUGUGUGACCUGGAUUACAGCAUGACUCAAGUGAGACUGAAGAAGGGAUGGCUAGUUGGGACCAGGGAGACUCGGGAUAGUUUCCUGUCCCCUGAGAGACUUAGAGGUGGGGAAUAAUAAAAAUAAUACUAGCUAACAUUUAGUGCCUACUAUGUGCCACGCCCUCAUUUAACCCU